UGAGAUCAACUUAUCAUUAUGUCAAUGUAAUUUUAUUUAUCAUGUUCGUUAGCAUAAUUAUAAUAAUUUUACAACAACAAGGAAAUAAUAGAUCAAUUCUACUUCCGAGUCAUGGGUUCGAGUCCCAGAAAUGCACUGAUACAAUUAUAAAGCAUAAAUGCAAUAUAGCCUACACUUUGCAUAAACGUACGCUUUGACGUAAUAUCAGCCUAGCCUAGCAUUAAUCACGACCGUGCUUACGUUUCAUAAAUUAUCACAUAGUAUUGAACAUAACAUUUACAUGUUUGUCUACCUGAUUAAUCAAAUAUAUCAACCCACACUCCGAACACACAGUUGUACAGUUUCAGCCAAACCUUUCCAUCCUUUCUCGGUUCAUUUCGCGCCUUUCUCGCCAUAUCCGCUUGUUUAAUUACAGUGAUCAACACCUCAAGGAGCGAUGAGGUGAAUAUAUCGCGCAUCGCGGGGGCGCGCGUCACUUAUGCCGGCAGAAACCGAGCCGCGCAUCCUUAAGACUCGCCGCAGCCGCUCAUUUCCUCACAUCAGCGUCAGAUGAGGGAGCAAACACAUUUCUCUUCUCAGGGAGCACCUACUACAAACAGCAUAUCUGGCAACCUGUUGCGUCCACGUGCUUAAAUCCUGGUUUCCGGUUCUUUGCCCUUUCUGGCUGAGAUGAUGUCUUGAGCAUAACAAGUGAACUCUGGGAUGUUUGGAUUCAGACGUCUGUCUAUGAAAACGUCACAUAUAUUUUCCAAGCCUAUAAGAGCCACGCAAGGAAUAUGAAUUUCACCUCAGGCUUCCAGAAAAAAGACCUGCAGCUCCCGAACGGUAUUUUGACUCUGAAUGGCUCUUUCCAUGGAGCCGAGGACUUCGCGGGUGACGUUGUCCUGCGCCAGAAUGGAGAACUGGAGAGACUUCUGCUGCUAACAAUCAAGGAGCCCACUACUAUCGCACUCACCGUAAUGUAUUCGCUAGCGUUCGUGGUGGGCUUCAUCGGAAAUCUCAUGGCCAUUCGAAUGCUCACCUGCCAGAGGAGUAAUAGGAUGCAGAGCAUCAGUGCCACCCGGAGUUUACUCAUCAACCUGGCAGUGUGCGACCUGAUGGUGGUUUGCAUCUGCAUGCCUAUCACGCUCGGCCACACCAUUUACACCGCGUGGGUGUACGGAGACCUCCUGUGUAGAGCUGUCCCGUUCAUCCAGGCCGUGUCUGUUUCAGCCAGCGUUUUGAGUCUGACCGUCAUUAGUGUUAACAGAUACUACAGCGUUCACAGCCCGCUGACUUCCCUCUCCUACUUCACGCAGAAGAAGAUCUACAUCACCAUCGUGUGCGUGUGGGUCCUGUCCUCUGCGAUCUGUGUGCCUCUGCUCUUCAUGAUCAAGCUGGAUGAGAUCCACCUGAUCGACAUCACCGUGCCCAUCUGCAGGGAGCUGUGGCCCCAGGCGAGACUCAAACAGUUGUACAACGUCCUCCUUUUUGUCGCUCUCUACUGCAUACCUGUGACCUUCAACCUGAUCAUCAGCUUCCUGACCGGCAGGAAGCUCUGGAGGGCUUCUCAACAUUUCGCCGACUUUGAUCCUCACAGCCAGGCCAUGUACGCCUCGCGUCUGAAGAUGCGCAAGAAGAUCGCCAAGGUGGUGGUCACUUUGGUCCUCCUGUUCGCCGUCUCCUGGCUCCCUCUGUAUGUUGCGGAUAUCCUUAUCGACCGGGAGGUUCAUCCGCCUCACUGGGUUUUGCAGGCUCGCCCUUUUGCCCAGUGGUUGGGCCUCACUAAUUCCAGCCUCAAUCCCAUCUGCUAUUGCUUUUUGGGUGAUCUGUACCGUUCUGCCAGAGCAGUCAGGUCGAAGUAUCAUCAGAGGAUGCUCUCCGUCCUCAGAUCCUCCAGCUCUUUUAAACUGUCCAGUUUGCUGUCGAUCAAAAGCCAGCAAUCUGGCCGGCGCCAAGGUGCCGUGAGCCAGAUAUCGGUGGAGACUCUGUCCGACUGGUGUUCCAAUAACAGCCAGAUGGUGUCUCUUCAAAGUCUCUCAGAGAGGACAGUGUAUAAAAGCAAUACUGAAUUGUCUAAAUUAUAGUUUGGACGCUUAUCACUUGAGGCGAUGCAGGACGCACUUAAGUGUUGUUCAUUCGCAUUUAGUGCUGUGAAAUACAGUAGCAUGCAAAGUUGCGCCACUUGGCGUACCGAGAAAAAUAGCAAAGUGCUUUUUGUUUGUGUAAUAAACUGUGCACAGUGACACUGCUUCUUCAUUUGCAUUGUGCCAAAAUAAAAGACGGAAAAGGUUUGAUGUAAAAUGGAUGUAAAGGGAACUCUUUUGUGUAGACAUAACUGACCCUGAUUGUACAUAAAUGCUCAAUUACUCGCCAACAAAAGCAGGACAGAUGUAUUUUGACUGAUAAAUGUAUUUUCUGUAUAGUGCAUGUACAUCUGCAUAUGUGUUCAGGUUAAACAGACUAAGAAUGCACGAAUGAUGGUCAGAAUAAAAGGACCUAAUGUCUUGUGAAGACUUCAUUCAUAGCAAUCCUGUUUAAUGCACCGAACUUCAUCGUGACUC